UACUACUGUACUAGGGUGCAGGAAGCAAAUCCGUAGCCUGAAUGAAAUUGGAGCUCAGCUUUAAGUAGAAGCCCAAAACUGUUACCAACUGUAGCGCAUCUCCAUGUGUGUGCGUCUGUGAUUUGCAAAGAACAAGAAAAUGGCCGCAUCUCCACUCAGUUAUCUCCUGCGAUAAUAUUCAAACCCUUAGACUCAUUUUUCAACAACCUUCUCUCUCUCUCUUUCUCUCCCUCCGUCACUGUCACUUACCACAUGGGCGAAACCAAGAGAAAGCGUGGCAGAAAGCCCAAACCCGCAACUGACGAAGAAACCGCGUCUCAGGACUACAGCACCGCCUCCAAAAACGACGCCGUUCCACUCCCCGCCACCACCAUCGACUCUGAUUCCCAGGGACGCCGCCGCGGCCGCCCCAAGAAGAUCAAGGUGGCGUCGCCGGAGCGCCGCAGCUCUAGGCUGGCCGAUUUGAACGGCGAUUGCGCGGUCGAGCCACCGUUGAUGACGAAGUGGGAGGGCGCGGUGAAGGUGGUGCCCUCGAUGGACGCGGUGGUGAAGGUGUUCUGCGUGCAUACGGAGCCAAAUUUCUCACUGCCGUGGCAGCGGAAGAGGCAGUAUAGCUCGAGCAGCAGCGGUUUCAUCGUGGGGGGUCGGAGGGUUCUAACAAACGCGCAUUCUGUGGAGCAUCACACACAGGUCAAGCUCAAGAAGCGCGGUUCUGAUACCAAAUAUUUGGCAACCGUCCUCGCCAUCGGGACCGAGUGCGAUAUCGCAAUGUUGACGGUGAGUGAUGAUGAGUUCUGGGAGGGAGUUUCACCUGUGGAAUUUGGCGAUUUGCCUGCACUGCAAGAUGCUGUAACUGUUGUGGGAUAUCCAAUUGGUGGCGACACAAUCUCUGUGACAAGCGGUGUUGUUUCACGCAUGGAGAUACUCUCUUAUGUUCACGGUUCAACGGAACUUCUGGGACUGCAGAUAGAUGCUGCAAUAAAUUCUGGGAAUUCUGGUGGACCUGCUUUCAAUGAUAAGGGAAAAUGUGUGGGGAUCGCAUUCCAGUCCCUUAAACAUGAAGAUGUGGAGAAUAUAGGAUAUGUAAUACCCACCCCUGUCAUCCUACAUUUUAUCCAAGACUAUGAAAAGAAUGGGGCAUAUACAGGAUUUCCAAUCCUUGGAGUUGAGUGGCAGAAGAUGGAAAAUCCUGAUUUACGAAUGUCAAUGGGCAUGGGACCCGAUCAAAAAGGUGUGCGUAUUAGAAGAAUUGAACCCACUGCUCCAGAAUCUCAUGUUCUGAAGCCAUCCGAUGUAAUUCUCAGCUUUGAUGGGGUCAAUAUUGCCAAUGAUGGAACAGUUCCAUUCAGGCAUGGGGAGCGCAUUGGUUUCAGUUACCUUGUCUCUCAAAAAUACACUGGGGAUAGAGCUCUAGUAAAGGUUUUCCGGAAUUCACAGAUACUUGAAUUUAACAUAAAACUUGCAACUCAUAAGCGGCUUGUUCCAGCACAUAUCAAAGGCAGGCCUCCUUCUUAUUACAUUAUUGCUGGAUUUGUUUUUACUGCUGUUUCUGUCCCCUAUCUUCGUUCUGAGUAUGGUAAAGAUUAUGAAUUUGAUGCUCCGGUUAAGCUUCUGGACAAGCAUCUACAUUCUAUGGCACAGUCUGUUGAUGAGCAACUUCUUGUUGUUUCUCAGGUUCUUGUGUCUGAUAUUAAUAUUGGAUAUGAGGAGAUAGUUAACACUCAGGUUCUUUCUUUCAAUGGUAAACCUGUGAAGAAUUUGAAGAGCCUGGCCACAAUGGUUGAGAGCUGUGAUGAUGAAUUUCUAAAGUUUGAUCUGGAGUACCAACAGAUAGUAGUGUUAAAGACCAGUACUGCAAAGGCUGCAACCUUAGACAUCCUCACCACACAUUGUAUACCUUCUGCAAUGUCUGAUGACCUGAAAACAUAGAAAGUUUUGGUGAAAGUUAUUUAAAUUACUCCUUGUUGCCUCAGGUUAUUUUUUUCUAGUAUUAUUUCACCUUCACUAUCAAAUUGUGGUACUACGGGAUCUGCACCAGUCAAUGAAAUAAAGACUUCUUCACACACAGGAGGUUAGAGAAGCAGAGGGAUUGGGAAAGAGGGAAGGAAUUAGCAAAAUACAAUAUACGCUUCGUUAAAUUUAUCUCAUUUCAAUUGAGGUGUUCUGUAAUGUAUUUAUAUUGAUCACUGUCUAUCCUUGUUCUCACCUUUUUAGUACAAAAUUUAUAACCGUGUAGAAGGAUGACUGGUGGAGGGUUGGACGUAUUAUUUCAUUGGAAUAAUAGAUUAGAAAAAUUGAUAAUUCACGUAUUGUUUUUCUUAGAUGGGAGGACUGAGGAGAGGCUUGUAAAAUUUUAUGCUGAGGAUAUUAAUGCUGUUAUUUUGAUGUACCCUACUUUCAUGGACCAGUUGAUCCUUUUGCUUGCAAUGAUAGAACUGUUUUAUGUAA